CAGUCGAGCAGUAGUCACAUGUUUGCAGGCAGCUACGUGCAUCCAUAUUCUUCUUCUUCUUCUCUCCAAAGACUCCUGGAGCCGGACGCCGACUAUACUCUGGGCUCUUUGCCUUUCCCCUGCGCUUACGAUCGAUCUCGCUCAACAUGUUCCGAGCUACGAGCUCUCCGAUGGACGAUGCUGUCGUCAAAGCAACUGACGAGAACCUCACGAGCGAGAAUUGGGAAUACAUUCUAGAUGUAUGCGACCGCGUGUCAGCCAAUUCAUCAGGACCAGCGCAAGCGACUGCUGCCUUGAUCAAGCGACUGGCGCAUCGCAAUGCGAACGUCCAGCUAUACACUCUUGAGCUUGCGAACGCCCUCUCCCAAAACUGUGGGCCACCUCUGCAUCGCGAACUCGCAUCUAAAGCCUUUACAGAUGCACUCCUACGUCUAGCCGCAGAUCGCACCACACAUGGCCAGGUCAAGCAGAAAGUCCUGGAGCGCAUGGGCUCUUGGUCGGAGGAAUUCAAGUCUUCGCCCGAGCUGGGGAUCAUGGAGCAAGCAUACCAGAAACUGCGUGUACAACAGCCGGGAUUGAUGCCUCCGAGCAAACCUGUCAAGCAGCAGAUUAGUAGCGAGGACAAGAGGAAGGAGGACGAAGAGCUGCAAAUGGCACUAGCUUUGAGCGUGCAGGAUAAAGGGCCUAGCAACAGCGCACCAACCGCGACAAAUGGGGAUCAGUGUAGUCAACAAGCACAACCGCAGCGACUGAAAGGUGAUAUCAUUGCAGUCUUGGAGUCAGUGUACAAGGACUGGUGGAAAGGCAGUCUGCGAGGCCAAACUGGAAUUUUCCCACUCAAUUAUGUCGAAAAGCUCCAGGAUCCCACCAAAGAAGAGCUCGAGAGGGACGCGCAUAUGGAGUCCGAGGUCUUCGGGGAAAUAAAGAACGUCGAAAAGUUGUUGGCGCUGCUGAGUAUUGGCGGAGAAGGUGGCGGUAGACGCGGAGAGCGAGAGGAAGAAGAGAUCAGCGAGCUGUAUCAACGCACGCUGAGCAUUCGUCCGAAACUGAUCGAGCUGAUCGCGAGGUACUCACAGAAGAAGGGUAUGCUCGUCUGGCACCAUUUCGGAGCAUUUGCUAAUGUUCCCUAG